AAUUGACCCGUUUACUUACGGAUUAGUGAGCGAGCGCGGUGGCGAUUGGAGUCGCUCCGGCAUCCCUUUGCAGACUUAUAUUUUUUGUCUCUGCUCCUCGACUUUCUUCACCACCACCAGCUUCUCCUUCUUCUACUUCUUCCUCUACGCCUUCUUCUUCUUCUUCUCUACUCGGAAACAUCAGCUAUGAAGUCCUUCGGCCUGCUCGCCGUGGCUCCUUUCCUCGCCUCUCUCGCCGCGGCCGCAAACUCCGUAUGUUCUCUUCCUCGCCUGAUCUGCCAUCUUCCGCUCCUCUCCUCCUAUUCUAAGCUCUCCUUGAUUUCUCCUUCACAGGCCGUUUUGAUCUCUAACUCGCCCUCGGCAUAUGGAAACCGCUUCUCCGUCGAGAUCACAAACGUCGACGACCUUCUCUCACCCUCCGGCGACGUCCUCGCCCAGGCUAUCUCCCAGAAGACAAACGAGUACAUCCUGAACAGCGAAAUCAUCGACGCCAUCUCCUCCGUCGCGGACUCCCAACUCAUCCUUGAUCCCGACACUGUCCAGUCCAUCUCCUACAUCUCCUACAUCGCCCCCGCUUCUCCCGCCCUGGUUGCGCACUCUUCAUCCUUGGAACGCUCCAGCGGCUCGUCUUUCCAAAUCUCUCUCUCUUUCACCCCCCAGAGUAUCGACAACGGCGCCAAGUCCUCCAAUGCCGCAAUCCUCCUACACUCCGGCCAAGACAGCGCGCCAGCGUUUCUCGCCAACCUCGCGGUUUCCGAAGAUGGCUACGUUGUUCUUAAGGACAGCGUGAACAGCGAAGUCCCCGUCAAGUUCGAGUCCUCCGCCAACUCCGUCUCGGACUCGUGCGCAAAGACCUCAAACAAGUACUGGUGCGCCAUCAGAUCCCUGGCCUCCGGCUUCCAGACCAACACCAGAUCUAUCAUCAACAACCUCUCUGGCGUCGACCUCCAGGAGCAACGAUCCAGCCACAAGUCAUCCGAAAAGCACUCUAGCCACAAGUCCAAGUCCAAGUCCCAUCACGAGGAGCACUCUUCUGACGACCACAGCGCCCGCAAGUCCCACCGCAGCCAGCGCCACUCCUCUGGCCGCAACGAGAGCGCCGCUAGUCUUUUCAACGCCUUGACCCACUCUCUCUUUAGCUUCACCCUUCCUCUACUCAUCGGAAUCCUCACCGGCAGCGCGGUCGUCAUGGCUUGCGUCUGGCUCUCUGAUCUCAUUUCCAACGCGUUCUUGAGAUUCCGCUAUGGCAGAGUUCCUGACUACGAGUACAUCGUCGUCGUCAACCCUUCGGGAGAGAGACGUGAGUUCAGAGAAAAGAGCUAUCAUGACCUUCCCGACGAGGCCUAUGACGUCUCGCAGCUGCCUCCUUACUCGGAUGUCGAGCCAGAGUCUACCCAGGUUUCUGCUGACGCUCCCAGCAGCUAAGACUGCCUAUUUUGUCAAUUUGUUUGUUUUGUUCUAUACCUUUUCCUUGCGUUUGUACAGCGGCGUGUCGCCAUUGUCGCUCUAUUAUUCUCGUAGCGGAAGAAUAAGGCGCUUUGGAUGUCUGCCUAUUCUGCUCUGUUUUCAUGCCUUUUUUAUUUCGACUAAUGUGGAGUUUUGUGGCUAAUUGUCUGUCUUUUGAUUCUCAAAUCGACAUCUCAAGUAUAUAUGGAUGGAUUUGUAUAUAUUUCGUUUUAUAAAUAUACCAAUAAUAGUAAUCAUA